CUUAUUCAUAGUGAAACUUACACGAUCUAAGGCUUAUUUACUUCAACGUACUAGAAGCAUAUCAAGAAUAUUUGAUACCAUAAAUAUUAUAUUUUAAAAAGAUGCCGCCGAUGUUAUUUUCGUGUUGCUUAGUAGUUAUAAUAAUUGGUUGUUUGUAUAUUCCCAUAUUAUAUAACCAUUUUCGUAAGAUUAAAGUGAUAACAGUUGAAUCUUCAAGACGAAUGAUUCAAAUUUACCAACAAGCACCGGGACCCUUUCCUUGGCCCAUAUUUGGCAGCCUUGGCCUAUUAGCUUCCCACAAAGUGCCUUUACAAUCAUUCACGGAACUUUCUAAGAAGUUUGGAAACAUUUACACAUUAACUCUAGGGUCUACCAGAUGUAUUGUUGUGAGCAAUUUGGAGCUGAUUCGAGAGGUACUUAAUCAAAAUGGAAAAUUUUUCGGCGGUAGACCAAAUUUCAUACGAUAUCACAAGCUGUUUGGAGGAGACAGAAACAAUUCUCUUGCUCUUUGUGACUGGUCACUAUUGCAAAAAAGACGCCGCAACCUUGCACGGCGGCACUGCUCACCGCGGAACUCAUCUCCCUAUUUUGAGAAGAUGUCAAAAAUUGGAUGUUCGGAGACUGACAUACUAAUGCAAGAACUCAGUGAAGAAACCAAGUGCGGUAAACCGAUAUUAAUCAAACCUAUUAUUCAACGCACCUGCGCAAACAUGUUUUUUAGAUAUAUGUGUUCGGUACGUUUUGAACACGAUGACCGUGAAUUUUGUAAAGUAGUUGAGUUUUUCGAUGAAAUUUUUUGGGAAAUAAACCAAGGAUAUAUUUUCGACUUUUUACCUUGGUUGGCACCAUUCUACAGAAACUACAUCAAUAAGAUAACUCACUGGUCCUUUACUAUACGAUGCUUUAUUAUGAACCGCAUUAUAAAAGAAAGGGAACAAUUUAAAAACCAAUCUGAAGAUGACUUUACAGAUGCUUUACUUAAAAGUCUCAUUGAGGACAUGAAUGUCUCGCGGGAUACAAUAUUAUUUAUGUUAGAGGAUUUUAUUGGAGGACAUUCAGCUGUGGGAAAUCUAGUAAUGCUUACCCUGAUGUAUUUGGCUAAGCACCGCAAUGUUGCGAAAAAAAUUCAAUUGGAGGCCGAUUCAAUUGUAACACGAGAUCGUCGAACGAUCAGUUUUUAUGAUAUUGAUGAAAUGCCUUACACUAUGGCAACCAUUUUUGAAGUUUUAAGAUGUUCGUCUUCACCCAUAGUUCCACACGUGGCAACCGAGGAUACUAUAAUAUCUGGUUAUGGUGUUGCAAAGGACACUAUCGUUUUUAUAAACAACUACAACUUAAACCAUAAUAAAUUGUUUUGGAAACAACCGCAGCGCUUCCAACCUGAACGAUUUUUGGAACAGGCGUGUAAGAAAACCGGAUCCAAACAAGUAGUUAGCGGGCCGAGCAGCUCUGCAGAAAUUCUAACAGGAACAUCUUCUGAAAAACCGAACGAGUCGAUGUUGAACCGAAAAAAUAGUUCUCUUCCACAGAUAAAGAAAAACAUACCAUUUUUCCUACCAUUUAGUAUUGGAAAGCGUACGUGCAUUGGACAGAAUUUAGUACGAGGCUUUGGUUUUAUUUUAAUAGCAAAUAUAUUAAGGCAAUACGAUAUCAAUUACGAAGACAACACUACUGUACAUAUAAACACAGGGAGCAUUGCACUUACACCAAAAGCGAUACCGUUAGUUUUAGUAAAUAGAAAUAAAAACCUUUAAAUAAAAAUUUUAUGGAA